AUGGCCACCAUACCCCCUCCCCACCCACAACCCCGUGCAGUGCCAAAGCCAAAGCCAAAGUCAAAGCCAACGCCACAGCCCGUCAAGCCGCCUACGCCCCCACCGGCAGACGCGGGCUACGACAGCUUCGAUGAGGAGUACGAAGCGGGUGUGGCAGAGGAGCGCGGUAAACCAGUGCCGGAGAAGAAGAAGACGCCGCCCGUGCCCGCACCCACGCCAAGGGCCAUGGCAUUCAACUUUGAUGUGACUGCCUUGUCGUUCGCGCCGCCGCCGGCAACUGGGGCUGCGCAGGGGAUGUUGAAGCUGGUGUCGAAGAAGGGGACGGUGUUAAGGGGGAAGACGGUCGGGCCGGAGGCUGAGAAGCUGAGGGCUAGGAGAAGGCAGGAGAGACUGGAUCGUGACGGUAAGUCUUUCCUGGUUUUGUUGGGAGGAUGCGUAGGGUGCUAA